AUGGCUGACACCUGCUGCACCAGGACCUGCGUGCUAGCUGCGUCCACCGUGUCCAUCUGCUCCAGCGACCGGAGCUGUGGCAGCCGGGCCUGCUCACCAAGUGCCUGCACUGGCUGCUCCUGGCAAGUGGACAAUGGCCAGGAAAGCUACUGUGAACCCCCCUGCUGUGCCCCCAGCUGCUGUGCCCCAGCCCCCUCUGUGACCCUCGUCUGCACCCCAGGGAGCUGCCAGUCAGUGUGCACCAGCUCCUGCACGCCCCUGUGCUGCCAGCAGUCUAGCUGCCAGCCGUCCUGCUGCUCCUCCAACCCCUGCCAGCAGCCCAGCCGUGUGACCCUCUGCUGCGAGCCCGUGAGCUGUGUGCCCGUCUCCUGUGUGCCCCCCAGCCGUGUGACCCUCUGCUGCAGGCCCGUGAGCUGUGUGCCCGUCUGCCCACGCCCCUCGUGCUGCCAGCCCAGCCCCUGCCCCUCGUCCUGCUGCAGACCCUCCUCCUGCGUGUCCCUGCUCUGCCGCCCCGUGUGCAGGCCCGCCUGCUGUGUGCCCGCCCCCUCCUGCCAGCCCAGCUGCUGCCGCCCGGCCUCCUGCGUGUCCCUGCUCUGCCGCCCCGCCUGCUCCCGCCCCGCCUGCUGCGGCCUCUCCUCGGGACAGUCCUGCUGCUGA